AGUUGGUCAUACAAGUCAAGAGACGUAGGGUAUGAUAUUGAGGAUGUGAUCGACAUCUUUUCUUCAAAAUUUCCUCCUCCUACUUCAAAACCUUUCAACUCCAUCGAAUUCAUUGCCAAAUCAACUCCAUCCAAACCAGAAUGGUUUGCUCUGCCCAUGGCUUUCCAAUGCGGGAGACUCGUAAACUCAAAGGCUUAGAUGGAUUAGAAGAGUGGAGAGUGGAGGAAGGUGCACUUGCCUAUCUGAAGGAGUUACAUAUUCAACAUGUGCAUGAACUAAAUAUGCUUCCAGAAGGGCUGAAAUUUGUGACUACCCUCCAGAAACUUUUUACUUCGUCCACGAUGUUGUCCUUCCUUGACAGACUUGAAAUCAAAGAUGGAAUAGAAGGGGAAGAUUACUAUAAAGUGAUCCAUGUACCUUCUUUCAUGAUUGGAAUAUGGUUGGUCCACUGCAGAAGAAUCAAGUUAUCGUUUUCAUCUCGAGGCAGCCAUAAUGAAAUUCCUCACCGAAUGAAAAAGAAAAACAGACCAAAGCUCACAUUUCGCAUCUUAUGUUAUCUCUUCCUCAGUGCCAUUCUCGGAGCAUCUUUGACACAAUACUUCUUCCUUCUUGGAAUUCAAAACACCUCUGCUACUUUCGCUUGUGCCUUUGUCAACAUGGUGCCUAUGCUCACAUUCUUAAUGGCAUUACCUUUCGGAAUGGAGACAGUGAACUUAAAAUGUAAUAGUGGAAAAGCCAAAGUGAUCGGUACACUAGUAUGCAUCGCUGGAGCAGCUGUAUUGACCCUUUAUAAAGGAAUGCCUCUAUUUCAUUCUUCACCAGCUAUGGCUCAUGCCAUUGAUCAUGCUAUAAAGUUAAGUUCAAGAAAAAAGGCACAAAGAUGGACAAUUGGUUCAGUAGCUUUGGUGAUAGGAACACUUUUAUGGUCUUCCUGGUUCCUUGUACAAUCAAAUAUAGGGAAGAGAUUCCCAUGCCAGUAUUCUAGCACCGCCAUUAUGUCCUUCUUCGGUGCCAUUCAGUCGGCCAUCUUAAGUUUGUGUACUGUCAGGAACCUUUCUGUGUGGGUUCUGAAGGGAAAGAUACAAAUCGCGACUGUCCUGUUUGCUGGGAUAAUAGGAUCAGGGUUUUGCUAUGUGGGAAUGUCAUGGUGUGUUAAGAAAAGAGGUCCAGUCUUUACAGCAGCAUUUAGUCCCCUUGUUCAGAUAAUGGCAGCCAUGAUAGACGUCCCCAUUUUGCAUGAACAGCUCCACCUGGGAAGCUUGCUUGGUUCUAUCCUUGUGAUCAUGGGGCUGUACAUUCUUCUUUGGGGUAAAAAAAAGGAAAUGCAGAAUCGCAUAACAAAAUUGGCUCAAGAAGUGGAAGAGAUCAAGGAGCAGGAACCACAAUUACCAGUCAUUACAGUCUCUUGUGAUUCACGGUGUUCUUGAAGUCAAGUUGCACGACAACUUACCACUUCAUGAGAAGUAAUCACUUUUUAAUUUCCCCAAAUUGGGAGUUAAAGAAAGUUACCCGACCUCUAAUACCUCAAAAAAUAAAGGAAAAUAUGUCUCCUCUGCUAUUACUCAAUUGACUGGGGCCAUGUUUCUCCAAGGUCCUUUGUCAGAGUCAUGGUAAAUAAACUUUGCAGAAAGUAAAUCUCUCUCUCUCUAUAUAUAUAUAUAUAUAUCUAUACUCUGAAAAGUAAUGUCAAAUAUUUAUAUAAGAAGGUAUAUAUCACAAGUUACACAUCUUAGACCUC